UUAAACGAUUACUUUUUUUAGUACAUUAUUUAAUCUUUUUAUUCUAUGUUGCAAAUAGAAUUGUAAAAUAGCUGGUUACUAUUUACACACAUGCAUCUUUAGACAAGGCGAACGAUACUAGUUAGUAAUGUAACUAACCGUCCAUUUAUCAAUAAUAUUGUACAUAAACAAUCUCUUAUGAACGUCAAUUUAUCUUUUAUGAAUUUAACAUUAUAUCUAGAACAGAAGUUUAAUAAACAUGAGAUUUGUUCGUACCAUAUAAUUAACGGCACUUUCUAUCGCGUUUUUAAUUGGUCAAAUUUGAAAGUAAGUUUUACGAAUGGCCGCCAAAUACCGGUAUUCCUUGAAACGAUACUUUUUAUUCUCAAUCUCGCGAAUGCAUUUCUACACGUCAAAAUAACGCACGUGGACCACCACCAGAAUGCACCGAUAAGAACAGUUUAUGUUGUAUAUGCGUUGCAUAUACAUAUUUUUUACUUUUUCGAAUAUUUUUUGUUGAAAAAGGCAACACAUUUCGAUCACGACGAUCGUAGUUGACGAAAGAGAUCUGCUCUAUUAGUUUUAAUGACAUCUCCGUUUGUCAAAGGAAAUUUCAGAAUUGUUUGCGAGACAUUGACUAAAUAUAUAUACAAUGGAGAAAUACCAGCUUAUGAGGACAUUUAUAUCAGCGGUAUUAGAAUAUUCUAAACAUCCAAGUGAAACGACCGGUUCGAUAUUACAACGAAAUCUGGGAGUAAUAAGCGUGUCCUUGGAUCUGAGCAUAUUUGACCCUGGAACAAGUGUGGCAGCAGAAUUCUAUGUUAGUCUACACGAGCUUAUGAAUUCUUUGGCAUCUAGAACCACCUUGAUUUGGAGUGCUGUAGAUGUUUUACAAAAUGCUUGUCGUAAUGCUGCUGCAAGACAAGCUCUUAUUCAUACUUACAAAUUUGCACCCAUAUUGGCCAGGUUGUUGGAGGCUAAUUUAACGAGCGAGAAAAGAGUAAGGGUAUUAAAAUUACUUCAAGAACUGACAUAUGGCAUUAGAAUUUCUUGGCAAGAAGCUCAUUUACCUUACUUAAUAUCUAUAUUAACACAGUGGGUAACACAGUCUAAAGAAGAAGAUAUUAUUGCACUUUCGCUAGGUGUAUUAGUAAAUCUUUGUUACAAAAAUCUUCCGGCAGUUUAUACCUUGAUGAGGACAAUCAAUACAAAAACAUUUGUACGGACGUUGUUAAAACUGCAACGUUGCAAUGUUAAUACCAGUGUGCAAUGCUGUAAACUUAUGAUUAUAUUAGAGCACUCGAAUACAAAUAUUUCGGAUAAAAACAUUCUGGAUUUUGCUGCUGUUACAUUCACCAAUCUCGUUACCGCAAUGAAACAAAAGGAUGUUCUGCUACUGAGACACGUCAUAGACUUUUUUAACGAUGUUGCGCAAAACGAACACUCCCAUAGCGUGUUACUUACGUACACAAACUAUGGCAGAGAUGUAGAAAAUAUAUUAGUUACAUUGGAAGACAACGCGGACCCAGAAUGUGUUGCUAUUAUAAUGGAAUUUUUGUCGUCUCUGGUGAAAUUAAAAUUGUCUACUUUGAUACCCUUGUAUCCUUUAUGCGUAAAAACGGCUAUGACAUGGGUUCCCGUAGAACAGGUGUGUUCUAAAGCAUUGAGCUUGAUAAGGGUUACCGUAAUUGACGCGCGACGCACGAAAACCUCUACCGAAGUUUUGGCAGAAUUGGAUGCUUCCGUUUUGAUGCUUAUUAUAAAUUCAGAAAAUGAUGAGAUUCAAGAGAUACAAGAAUUAAGUUUAGAAACAGAAACGAGAUUAGCGGAAUUAAUGCAAUUAUUCCAGGAAAUGGUUAAAACUACGACGCUUAGAGCAAAAGUCAUGCAGUCCUUAAAUGAGAAUACGAUACGUAAAUUAUUGAGUCCAAUGUUGAAUUCCGAAACUUGUUCUACUAAUGAUUUUCCAGGAAAUUUUAUUCAAAACCCUACCACAAAUCUAUGCAUUCACAUAUUAGCUUUGAUAGCUGAUUUGGCAGCCAAUCAUUCGAAUUGGUUAACAUUGUAUUCCGAGUUACUAGGGAAAAAACAGAUUCAAAUGACAAUGGCACAUGCGCUAUUUACUGGCGAUGCAGACAUUAAACAGAAAGUUCUGCAAUUAACACCAACUGUCGGAUUUCCUCAAGAAUGUGUUCUCGCGGUGGCGCAAUGUAUGAAGCAAUUGGAGCCUCUGAUAUUAGUACAAAGUACUCCUGGUAUGGUAAAUGUUGGAAGCAAAAUGUCCUUAACAUCGAAUAGCGAUAUGGCUCCACUUUUUUCUUUCGCGCAAGAAGAGCGACUCGAUACGUUUCUAGCAAAACUAGAAACAGCCUAUGAGUCUAAUCAACUGGGAGACAUUACAACGUCAGCGGUAAUGGAAUUGUACGAGUACAAGCUAGCAGCGAUGAGACACGCGGAACGGGCAAUGCAAUCCAGUUUGGAGGCAGCAAAUAAUCAUGGGACUAGUUUACAACAUAGACUUGCGCAAGUAGUAGCCGAAUCGAGUCGUUUACAUCAAAUGCUAUUUGAUACACAGCAAUGUUUGGAAGGAGUAAAGUCUACGUUAGCGGUAAAAGUUGCCAAAGUAGAGGAGCAAAGUAGAGAAGCAGUUGCUUUUAAGAAUAAGGAAAUCGAAGCAUUGAAAAAAAUAGUAACAGAAAAGUCUGCCAACAUCGAUCAUUUAAAUGUAUUACUAACACAGUGUAAACACAAACUGGAAAGCAGUACUAAUAAGGUCGAAGCGUUAACUAAAAAAAUAAAAGAGUUAGAAACUGAAUGCGUAAAUGCGGAUGCCAGAACUACGGAAAUGGUUAAUAAGAAUCACGAGUUAAACAAACUUCUUCACAAAAUGCAAGAUCAAAUUAAUAAAAGAGAUCAGGUAAUAGAAUUGAAAGACACGGAAAUUCAAUCGAAUCAAAAAGAUAUUUCCGCGCUUCAACAAGAAACUCAACAAUUAUCGCAAUUAGUGCAUAAAUAUGAGCAGAAUAUCGCAGAGAAAGAGGCCAGUAUCGAGAAAAUGAGACUAGAAUUGAUGGAUUUAAGCCGCAUGCGAGACAUGAUUUUCGCGCUUACUGCUAAGAAGAAGGAUGAUUUAAGCACGAGUUAACGUUGCAUUUUUAAAUUAUCAAACCAAUUUGAUAGCAAUAUUGCAAAAAAAAUGCCUCCUUCAGACCACAUUUCUUACACUUUUUUAUACAACUCACUGAAAAAUAAAUUAUAUUAUUCUUGUACGUACAUACAUUAACCCUAGUA